AUGCUUGCAGAUAUGAGAGGGAACAUAACGGACGAGAUGUUAAAGAGAGGUGACGAGAUAACAUGGAGAGAAGAUAUAAAAAACAAAUCGUUCAAAACAUUAUUCGAGGAAAAAAGAAUAAACCUGACAAGUGACAUCGAGGCUGAAAAAGAGAAACUUACUCAACUCCAAGGAAAACUCAAACAACCUCAGAUCGCUUUUUAUGCACAUCACUUGAAAGACAUACUUCUUGAUACUAAGGAUGAGAUUCUCAUAUUCGAGAAGACAUUCACUAACGAGGGAACAGGUUACAACACGUCCACAGGCCUGUUCAUGGCACCUGUUGGAGGAUUGUACCAGUUUGUUGUUCAUACAUGUACUGAAAAUAAUGAAUAUGUGUAUCUUGGCCUGGUGAUGGAAGGUAGCGUUAUCGCAGCACAUGCACAAUAUGGGGAUAAGAAUCAUAGCUGUAAUUCAUUUGGAGCAAUUAUAAGAGUAAGAUCAGGAGAAAAAGUUUGGGUCAAAUCAACAUCGUCAGCUAAUCGCCGGCUUGCACACAACUCCUCAUCUAGGAUGAAUACAUUUAGUGGAGUACUUGUCAAAUCUGAUAUAUAA